UACCAUGAAGCUUAUGUCAGGUCAGCGUUUAUUUAGAGUAACUCCAUCAUAACGUCUAAAGUUUCUGUAAGACCGGUGUUUGAUAUCGCAGCCUCGAUGUCUGAAAAUCUGCUCGCCGCCUCUCGGAGUCACCGGCUCUGUGUUUGCUGAAAGCAUUGGUUAUGGAACAGCAAAUUAGUGAUGAUGAACCACCUGUAGUUCCUAGAGAAGAAAAUAAAAGGAGGAGAAGAGGAAAAAUGAAGGCUUUUACUUCUAACUCAUCUGUGGACAUGGAUCACAUAGCUGUAGAGUUUGUUCUGCCCACUACUAACAAGAUAAGCAAGUGCCCUGACACCCUGCAGUUGGAUGUGGCAGGGAACUGGACAGUGGAACAGGUGAAAGCUCAGCUAUGGCUCAGAGCUGUUGCUGCCAACAUAUGUCCUGAAUUUUACCAAAAGUACAACCCAGACCACUGUAUUUUGCUCUACCAGAAGAAAGGAAACUGGUAUGAGAUCUAUGACAAGCAUCAGGUGUUCCAAACACUUGAUUGCAUUCGCUACUGGAAAGCAUUAAAAAAAGAGAUGGGGAAAAUUCACCUUACCAUUAGGUCACAACCAACUGAGGAAUCCAUUCAAUACCAAAAGUUUUUAAACCAUCUAAUUGGGUAUGAUGUCACAGAUGUGAGCAAUGUACAUGACGACGAGCUGGAGUUCACAAGACGGAAAUUGCUGACUACCCGAAAAAUUGAGCUGUCGGACAGAGAUCCCAAACUUUACUCAAUGGAUCCCUGGAUAACCACAAAACCUCUUCCCGAAUACCUGAUGAGCAAAAUCAGCAACAAUCAUAUUCUUCUGGUAAUACACAGGCACACCUCUAGCCAAACUAUAAAGGUAUCCAUUGAUGACACACCUGUUCAAGUUCUUCGAAGCUUCUUUACCAAAACGGCAAAUAAGAAGGCGCUUUUUGGUAUCCCUGAGAAUGUCAGUGAAUCAGAUUUUGUCCUAAGGAUUUGUGGAAGAGAGGAAUACAUUUUUGGCAACUACGCCAUCAAAAACUUCCACUGGGUCAGACAGUGUCUCAAGAAUGGAGAGGAGAUUCACCUUGUGUUAGAGUCCCCACCAAACCCUGAGCAUGAUGUUGUCCAAAAAGAGGACUGGUCACAGGUGGAUGAUUGCACUGGUGUGGCUGGUACCCAUGAGCAGUUGACCAUUGAUGAAAAAGACCAUGAAAAGGUGUUCACUAUCUCACUUUGGGACUGCAAUCGCAAAUUCAGAGUCAAAGUCUUGGGCAUUGACAUACCAGUCCUGCCUCGUAACUCUGAACUUAUUGUGUUUGUUGAGGCCAGUAUUUUCCAUGGGCAACAGUUGCUGGCCCAAGAAAGGACAUCCUCCAAGCCCUUCACUGAAGAGGUAUUGUGGAACACUUGGCUGGAGUUCAACAUCAAGAUCAAGGACCUGCCCAAGGGGGCACGGCUUAGCCUCCAAGUUUCCUGUGGUAAAGCUCAAACCCAGACCUCAAGAGACAAUAGUAAUUAUGACAGCAAGACCAAGAGUCGUUUGCUCUACUACGUCAACCUCCUGCUGGUAGACCAUCGCUCACUAUUGAGGCAAGGUGAGUUCAUCCUGCACAUGUGGAAGAUGCCGGAAAAGAGCGAGGAUAACAGCAGUGUUAACGCCGACAAGCUCACCUCUGCCACAAACCCAGACAAGACUAGCUCUAUGGCUAUUGCCAUCAUACUGGACAAAUACUGCUACCCUGUGGCCCUUCCCAAGAGCCGGGAUUCACGGGAGGGCUCUGAUGUAGAGGGAGAGAGGGGACAGAGAGAGAUGCCAAACCAUCUGCGGAAGCAGUUUGAGCAGAUCAUAGCAACUGAUCCAUUGCACCCGCUAAGUGCUGAGGACAAGGAGCUCCUCUGGCACUUCAGGCAGGAGUGUCUUAGGAACCCCAGAGCGUAUCCAAAGUUCUUGGGCUCUGUGAAAUGGGGCAAACAAGAGGCAGUGAUGAUCACCCACCAAUUACUAGAGAAGAGCAACACGUGGGAUCGCAGCCCACUUGAUGUGGGCUUGGCCAUGCAGUUACUGGAUUGCCACUUCUCUGAUGCCAAUGUUAGGUCUAUGGCUGUGAGGAAGCUAGAGACUCUGGGUGACGAUGAUGUACUGCGAUACCUCCUACAGCUGGUUCAGGCUGUGAAGUUUGAACCAUACCAUGACAGUGCCCUGGCCAGAUUCUUGCUGAAACGUGCGCUAAGAAGCAAACGGAUUGGCCAUUUCCUUUUCUGGUUCUUGCGGAGUGAAAUAGCUCAGUCCAUGCACUACCAGCAAAGGUAUGCUGUCAUCUUAGAGGCCUACCUGCGAGGUUGUGGAGAAGCCAUGCUACAGGACUUUAGAAAGCAAGUGGAGAUCACUGAAGCCUUGCAGAGAGUAACUCGUGAGAUCAAAGCUGUGUCUGCUGAGAAAUAUGACGUGUCUGCCCAGGUUGUUUUUCAGCUGCGGCAGAAGCUUGAGAACUUGCAAAUUUCAGGACUUCCAGAGAGUUUCAAAGUGCCUUAUGAUCCAGGUCUUCGUGCUGGAGCUCUGGUGAUUGAGCAGUGCAAAGUGAUGGCGUCCAAGAAGAAGCCACUGUGGUUGCAGUUCAAGCGGGCAGAUCCCACCACUCUGUCCAGUGACACCAUUGGAGUCAUCUUUAAAGAUGGAGAUGACCUUCGCCAGGACAUGCUGAUUUUACAGAUCCUGCUGAUUAUGGAGUCUAUUUGGGAGACAGAGUCCUUGGAUCUGUCCUUGUUGCCAUAUGGUUGUAUUUCCACUGGAAAUAAAAUAGGGAUGAUUGAGAUAGUGAAGGAUGCCACAACUAUUGCUAACAUUCAGCAAAGCACAGUGGGAAACACAGGAGCUUUUAAAGAUGAAAUCCUCAACCAGUGGCUUCGAGACAAGUGUGUGAGUGAGGACAAGUUUCAACAGGCUGUAGAGAGAUUUUUGUAUUCAUGUGGAGGUUACUGUGUGGCUACCUAUGUCCUUGGGAUUGGAGACCGCCACAAUGACAACAUCAUGAUCACAGAAUCUGGCAACCUUUUUCACAUUGACUUUGGACACAUACUGGGGAACUACAAAAGUUUCAUGGGAAUAAGCAAGGAGAGAGUCCCCUUUGUGUUGACACCUGAUUUCCUCUACGUGAUGGGCACCACAGGAAAGAAAACCAGUCCGCUUUUUCCAAAAUUUCAGGACAUAUGUGUGAAAGCGUACCUGGCGCUGCGACACCACACCAACCUGCUGAUCAUCCUCUUCUCUAUGAUGUUGAUGACUGGUAUGCCUCAGUUGACCAGUAAAGAGGAUAUUGAAUACAUCCGUGAGGCAUUGACCGUUGGUAGGUCUGAGGAAGAAGCCCAGCGCCACUUUCUAGACCAGAUAGAGAUCUGCAGAGACAAGGGCUGGACUGUACAGUUCAACUGGUUUCUACACCUGGUGUUGGGCAUUAAGCAAGGAGUGGAGAAGCGCUCAGCUUAGACCUCUAACCUUUUACCAAAUGCAUAAGUAGACUCUUACAGAAACCUUUCAGUUACAUUUCAGAAUGCAUUCAGAAUAUCUGCUGUAGCUAACAGAAGAGAUUGGAUGGACCAAUUUAAGAAUUCCAUGUACAAUUAAGAAAUUUGAUUAAUAUCAAAUUGUGCAAUACUGCUUUAUUUUUCCCCAUUUAAGCCUAAUCAUUUCAUUGAGAACUGAAACCGAAACCCAAAAACCCGGUCUUAAAGUGAUGUUGCUCCUCUAUUUUUCUCAGUGUUUGAUGUUCAUUGGUGCUAUUGUAAUACUCCACAGAUGAAACUCUGAUGUUCAUACUUAUCUAGCUUAUACAGCUCAGGGGAAUAACCUUUUUUAUUCUCUGAUUUAUUUAGUCUUAAGUCUGUGUCAGUAUCUUGAGAAUAGAUUCAAGAAAACUGCCUCCUGGACAGUUACAAUGGUAACAGAAAUUGAUGCAUCAAGAUAUGAAAAGCUGUAAGUGUCUGAAGAGGGCAAAUGCCUUUCUCAUAUUUUAUGCUAACAUUAAUGAGUGCUUUUUG